CGACUCACGACUUCAGCUGAUCAGUCAUCGCCGAGCAGUGGCGGAAGCAACAUCUCAAUCAGAGUACUCGACAAAAUGAACAUCCGCAUUUCUUGGCUAUUUUGGUUUGCGUACGUAUUGGUGGGUGUCCAGUGCGGUAAAAUAAUUGAAAGCGAUAACACUAUCGGUGAAAGCGUUGCCGUUGAGGUGGACAUAGCCAAAUAUGAGGCAGAUUUUCUGCAGGAAUUCGACCGUUAUCAGACCACGGGUCGUAGAUCAGUCAAUUUCGAUCGGCUACUGGACUUGAUCAAAUCCCCAAACAUCAAGGUCACACUUGAUCGGAUGCCUCAUGCUAGGGAUCCCAAGGUGUGUCUGACGUGUCUAUCGGCAAGCUAUUCCUUCAUGGAGAUCUACAAGCGGACAGCAAACAAGGAGAAAAGCACGUUAGCCAAACUUGCUCAGGAUAUUUGCCAUCUGUACAGCUUGAAAACGUACGUAUGUGAUGGCUUAGUGGAGCUGAAUGCCGAUAUGAUGAUGUUUAUUCUGGAACAUCUGGACGAGUUACCUACGGCUGAAAGAGUAUGUGCAGUGGCUUUUCAGGGUGAAGAUUGCGUGCUAGAUAGACCUUACAUACUUUCCGAUCGUUAUCCUAAAGUGAAUAUUACCGCGUCUAGAAACGUCCUUAGAACAUCUAAGGGAGCAUCGAUCCCUUCAAAUGAGGAACCUCUAACGAUCAUCCACCUCACAGACAUUCACUACGAUCCAGAAUACGUAGUGGGCAUCAACGCGGAUUGUGCUGCGGGUGCUUGUUGUCGCCACGUUCCAGACCUGGAACCGUCCGAUUCAGCCAACGCAGCAGGUUUUUGGGGUGACUACAGGGAUUGCGAUAGUCCUUGGCACGCUGUUGUUGAUGUGAUGGAACAGAUACGAACCCAGCACCCCAAAAUCGAUGCAGUCUACUUCACAGGAGAUAUCAUCCACCAUUUUACGUGGAACACUACAGUUGCAUCGAACGAAGAAGCUAUGCGACAAGUUUUUCAACUUUUAAAGGAACGCUUCGUAGACAUUCCACUGUAUCCCAUCUUGGGCAACCAUGAAGCGGAUCCAGCCAAUCUCUACGCACCUCAUCAUGUCCCAGCAAAGCUUACAUCCAAAUAUCUGUAUGACUUCAUUGCUGAACAGUGGGACGAAUGGCUUCCAAAUGUUAACCGAUCGACUAUAGACGAUGGUGGCUACUAUACGGCGUUGAGUCCUCUAGGUCAUCGAAUCAUCGCUCUCAAUAACAACUUUUGCUUCGUCCACAACUGGUGGCUGCUCUACAGUGACGUCUACUUCAUUCGUCAGCUUCAGUGGCUACAUAAUACCCUUCAAGACGCGGAAAACGCUGGUGAAAAGGUUCACAUUCUAGCACACGUGCCGUCGUACGACAACUACUGCUACAUCGGAUGGACGCGGGAGUAUCGGAAGAUCGUGGAACGCUUUGCGCACAUCAUCGAGGGACAGUUCAACGGGCAUUCGCACGUGGACGAGUUUAACGUGUACUACCGAAAGGAUGAUCCGACGGUGGCGAUCAAUGUAGCGUGGAAUGGAGGCUCGACGACCACCUUCACCAAGCUGAACCCCAACUACAAGGUGUUCUACGUCGAUCGGGAAAGUUUCGAAAUCCUCGACCACGAAACCUGGAUCUACAACCUCACCGAAGCAAACCUGCACCCAGAUCGCGAACCGAUCUGGUUCAAGGAAUACACCUUCAAGCAGCACUACGGUUUGACAGACCUCAGCCCAAAGUCCCUGGAUACGCUUCUGCACAAACUGGCUCAUUCCGAUGCGGAGCUGCUGCAAUACUGGAAUCUGAAACAGAAAAAUUCCGACCCAAUGCUUUCCCAGGGAUGUGAUAAAACUUGUCUACGAGAUACGCUCUGCGCUUUGGCUCGAACGGAAUACUCUGAUGAUAGCGCCUGUGAGCGGCUCUUGUCCCAACCACGAGGCGAAGCAUAAUUCCGGCUGAGUCAAAGUGGUACACUAAAAUUUAUAUUUUCAUUGUUGCUCUCUUUCUCUACAGCUUUAUGGUUUUAUUAUGGUUGCAUUUAGUGCCUUAUUCUAGCUUUGUGAUGAGUGACUCUAUUUUGUGCUUCAAAUAAAUAUCGGCUCUUGUUUGGUUUUUA